AUGAAAGAUAAAUCCUUUGACACUUUGAUUGUUGAUGAAUGUUCUCAAAGUGUUGACCCUGAAGUAAUCAUUCCUUUACUGAAAACAAAAACAAGAUUAAUCUUAGUUGGUGAUCAGAAGCAAUUACCUCCACUUCUUUUUGCAAAAGAAUCUAAGAUAGCAAAAUAUGAUAACACAAUCAUUGAUAGAUUGGAGAAACUCAAUAUUGCUCCUCAAUUCAGAAUGCAUCCAUCAAUUUCUCAAUUUCCAAGUGCUGAAUUCUAUGAUUCAAAGGUUGCUGAUGGAAUUUCACAGGAAUACAGAACAAAGUGCCUGAAAUGGAUUCAAUGGCCAAACAAUGGACUUCCAAUCUUGUUUUGGGAAUUCAAAGGAAAACCAGAAGAAAAAUCAUCAGAUGGAAAAUCAAACAUAAAUCGCGAUCAAGUUCAAUGCGUUGCAAAUUUAAUUGAUAUUCUUGUCAACAAAGCAAAUCCAUCAGACAUCGGAGUGAUUUCACCUUACUCUGGUCAAAACUUUUAUCUUCGUGAUAAUCUUCACAGAUAUACAAAGAUUGCAGGAGAAGAUUAUAUUAAGAGGAUUGAAAUAAGCAGUAUUGAUUCUUUUCAAGGCCGAGAAAAAGAAUUAAUCAUAUUCAGCACUGUUAAAUCAAACAAUACUUAUGAUAUUGGCUUUCUCAAUGACGAAAGAAGUUUGAAUGUUGCACUAACAAGAGCUAGAUGCGGUCUCAUUAUAAUUGGAGAUUCAAAUACAUUCAUCAAGAGUAAAAAUUGGCUCAGUCUCUUGAGAUAUUAUUCAAGUCAUAGAUGUCUCUGCUCAGGAACAGUUAACAACUGGAUUCCAAAAUCAUUUUCAUACUAA